AUGGAUUUGAAUUUGCUGAAGUCAUGGAACCCGCAGCUCCAGAAGAACAAGAAGAAGGUACGAGAGGUACAGCAGAGUAUGCUCAAGAGGGUACACAAGCCAACAGAUCUAGGCGAUUCAAAGACGGGCCUUGACUGGAUGUAUGAAGGACAGCCCAAGCCACAGCCUAAAGCUCGCAGGAGAAGAAAUAAGAAGAAAAGCGCUGCCAAGAGCAAGGAAGAUAAGCAAGAAAAGAACUCAGGUGAUAAAACAGAGCUACGACCACCUGCUACGGAAACUGAGAAAACUAGCGACGAAAAAGAGACACAUCUGGAGCAGAAGGAAGCCGAUAAACCUAAGUCUGCUGCAAAAUAG